ACACUCGUACAGAGAGCCAUAUUUGUACUUCCGGGUCGGCGAGCCUUCCUUUCCUGUCGUCCAUCUGUCUGAUACGUUUGUAGACGACCUGCUCACCUUUGACCAUGCAGAACGACGCUGGUGAAUAUGUGGACCUUUACGUCCCACGUAAAUGCUCUGCUAGCAACAGAAUCAUUGGAGCCAAGGAUCACGCUUCUGUCCAGAUCAACAUAGCUGAGGUGGACAAGGUCACAGGACGUUUCAACGGUCAGUUCAAGACCUACGCCAUCUGUGGCGCUAUCCGCAGGAUGGGCGAGGCUGAUGACUCCAUCCUCAGGCUGGCCAAGACCGACGGUGUUGUCGCCAAGUAAGAAAUACAUCAUGGAACAGCUGAGUGACAAACUGCAACCGCAGAGGAGCGUUUGUUAAAUAAAAUGUGAGAAAACCCAAA